AUGACAGGAAGAAAGGUUGCACUUCUGAUGGACAAUUUUUCAGCCCACGAGUUAGCAGUCAAACCUAUCGGCAAUCAGUUACAAAAUACAUGGAUUAUAUGGCUUCCAGCAAACACAACUUCAGUUUGGCAACCAUUAGACCAGGGUAUCAUACAAUCUUGGAAAGCGCAUACGAGACGACACUAUGUACGGUACCUAGUAAAAGAAACAGAGAAAGUUGAAGUCGGAGUUAAAAUCCCUGAAGUUACUUUAUUGGAGGCAAUUCAAUGGGCAGUCGAGGCUUGGAAUAAUGAUGUUAAAUCAUCGACAAUAUUCAACUGCUUUACAAAAAGCACUGUCAAAUACUUCGGACCGACUCAGCUUAGGUCUGAAGGUGGCAGUGCUGCAAGGGAUAUGAUCGAUCUUGUUGCUGAAGUACGGGCUGAUAUGGAAAUACUCUAUCAAAACCGUUAUAUUCAGGAGCCGAUUGAUGUCGGGACGUACCUCAACCCAAUUGAGGAGAGGGUAAAAGACACAUCUGAAGAUAUAGAGUCAAGCAUCUUGCAGCAUUAUAUUCCUGUCGAUGAUAGUGACGAAGUGGCAUUAGAGGAAGAAAAUGAAAUACAACACCUCCAAAUUACCUACGAAACCGCAAUCCAGUACCUCGGACAACUACAAUAUUACUUUAUGCAGAUGGAUAUCACCGGACCCCCUUCAGCCAAAUCUGAUUUGAUUGAUAUGCGGCGUAGUGUUGAGGCAGCACAGGUCGAGCAAAAGUUUCUAAAACCUCAACAAAAGCUUACAAGAUUCUUUCAACCUGUAACGGCAGCAGAAAACAGCGGGUUCAGUAAGGAGUGA